AUGCCGACUACCCCGGAUUGGGUUAAGAAGCUCCAGCCAUCUGGGCCUCAGGGAACAGAGCUCCUCGCCCAGGAGAGGGCAAAAUCCAAUCUCAAUGUCGACCAGCUUGCGACCUUUAUGUUCACAGACGAGGCUCUUGAACGCAAUGACAGGAUACUGAACAUUCUCAAGGCUGAGCCCGUUUUUGAUAAAACACAAAACUACUUCCGCGGUCGCGAGGGCCGGAUCGAGGCUGCGUUGGCAAGAGGAAAGAGAUUGUUCCAACUGAACAAGGAGCACAACUGGUCUCAGCAAGAAUACCAGGUUGCGAAUGACCUCAUUAGUGAGCCGACACCAUAUGGCCUCCAUGCCAGUAUGUUCCUGGUCACACUCCGGGAACAAGGUACACCGGAGCAGCACAAGAUCUUCCUCGAGCCUGCUGAGAAUUACGAAAUUAUCGGUUGCUACGCCCAAACCGAGCUCGGCCAUGGCUCCAACGUUCGAGGUCUCGAGACGACCGCCACAUGGGAUUCCUCAGAUAAGACCUUUGUUAUGCAUUCGCCUCAUUUGACAGCGUCGAAGUGGUGGAUCGGUUCCCUGGGCAAGAUGGCCACCCACGCCGUUGUUAUGGCCCAACUCAUCAUCAACGGCAAGGCGCUGGGUCCUCAUCCAUUCGUCGUGCCGAUCCGGGACAAGCAGACUCACGAGCCGCUCCCCAACGUGCACGUAGGCGAUAUCGGCCCCAAGUUUGGUUACAACACCAUGGACAACGGCUUCUUGCUGUUGAACAACGUCAAGAUUCCUCACAACCACAUGCUUGCCCGAUUCUCAUCCGUCGACCCGCAAACAGGAAAAUACAGUCGCCCCGCGAACCCCUCUCUGGUCUACGGCACUCUCACUUGGGUGCGUUCAAACAUCGUUCUCCAGGCAGGAUCUGUUCUCGCCAAGGGUGUCACCAUCGCAACCCGAUACUGCGCGGUGCGUCGGCAGUUCCAAGACCGAGAUGCGCCUGCCAAUGAGCCUGGCGAGAACCAAGUGCUCAACUACACCAUGGUGCAGAUCCGACUUCUGCCUUUGCUCGCGGCAACCUUUGCCCUCCAUUUCACGGGUCGCGGUAUGAUCAACCUGUACAACGAGAACCAGAAGCGGACAAAGGCAAACGCGGGCAAGCUCAGUGAUGCGAACCGCAACCCCGGACCUGAGGAGUUGAACCCUGGUACCGACUUGCUGGCUGAUUUGCACGCCACAUCCUGUGCACUGAAGGCUUAUGGCUCAACCGUCGCUGGCGAGGGCCUUGAGGUUUGUCGACGUGCUUGCGGAGGCCACGGUUACUCUUCGUUCAGCGGAAUCGGCUCCUGGUACGCCGACUAUCUGCCAACCUUGACAUGGGAGGGCGAUAACUACAUGCUUACCCAGCAGGUGUCUCGUUAUUUGCUCAAGUCUGCCCGUGCCGUUUUGAAGGGCAAGGCCGGCAACAACGACACGACCAGAAUCCUGUCCGAGUUCCUCCGCCGUCGCGACAUCGGUGCUGCGUUUGACGUGCUUGGAUCCGAUGACGAUCUCGUCGCGGCGUUUGCUUGGCGUGUUUCUUUCCUGACGUUCGAGGCUCUCCGUCACAGAGACGAGGACAAGCAGUCUUGGAACAGCCUGCUUGUCGAUUUCUGGCGCCUGAGCACCGCGCAUGCGCAGUACAUGGUGGUCAAGAACUUCCACCAGGCGCUCAACGACAAGGCUACGACGGAGCAGCUUGACAAGGACACCGUCGGCUUGCUGCACAAGCUCUUCAGACUGUACGCCUUGACCACCCUCGAGCGUGAGGCCAGUGAGUUCUACAGCUCUGCGGCAGUCACGGUGCGCCAGAUCACUCUGGCGAGGACCAAGGCCGUGAUGACAUUGUUGGAGGAGAUCAGGCCCCACGCGGUGAGGUUGGUGGACUCAUGGAAGUUUGAUGACUGGGUGCUUGAUUCCAGUCUGGGCCGCUUCGACGGCAAAGUCUACGAAGACAUGUUCAAGCGAGCGAGCGAGGAUAACCCGUUGAACAGCGUGACUUUUGACCCUUAUCCCAACAGCAAGGUUCUGUUCAAGAAGGACGAGAGGAAGAACUUGCGCAGCAAGUUAUAG